UCUGGACCUCCCUCGUCUCUACUAUAUACCGCCUCGCACACCACACUCUUGCCACCUGUUACACGGACUGGUGUGUGUGUGUGUGGCAGCAGCAACAGCAAGUGCCUGCUGCACUUCACCGCAGUGAGACACUCGAAAGAGUUGUUGUGUGUUCUGACUGGUGUUUGAAUCAGUGGAAGACACUCACACACAAGUGAUUGUGUGUUCUGACUGGUGUUUAAAGCAGUGGGAGACACACACACAAGUGGCUGUGUGUUCUGACUGGUGUUUGAAGUAGUGGAAGACACUCACACACAAGUGGCUGUGUGUUCUGACUGAUGUUUACCUCUGUCGAAUAAACAGACAUAAGUGUUUGUUUACAUAUAGUUAGUCAAGUGCUUCACUCUUAGAACAUAAAGUUCCAUAUGAAAGAAAAUGAUAGCAACAAAUUGAUUUUCAUCAUAAAAUAAUCAUCAAGCAUGUUGACGCGAGGCGUGGUCGUGACGGAGCUUCGGGAGGAGGUGAAGCGUUUACGACGAAGCCGUGUGGCGGUCAUCCUUCUGGUCUACGCUGCUCUCGUUCUCGAUAACAUGCUCCUCACAGUCGUCGUACCAAUCAUCCCGGACUACCUGUACCAGCUGGAGCACCAACAAGGACUUAGAGAUGUUUACAGCGACGGUGUUCAACCGAUACCUACAACUGACGAAGAGAUCCCAUCGACCUCGUAUCAACGCCUGUCGCCUCUCUCAGCUCGAAAUCCUCGCUUUCAGAAGCAUCCUUCCAUCUCCACGCUAAAAACCUCCGCGACAGACAUCAUCACACCUCCCGAAUUCUCACACAAAAUACCAAAAGAUGAAUUAAUGUCAGCUCCGAGUGUAGAUUUGUCAACGAAAUAUAAACCCCUUGGAAUGUCGGAACGUCGAGACAUAUUUGCUAAACUGGGCUUGCAACGUCCCCAGGAACGCGUAAACAGGAAAACGUUUUUGAAUGAUAACCUCGUACAGCUCCAGAGUGAGGAUCCCGGAGCCCCACGUUACCAAACUUCAUUUUCCAGGAAGGAAACUGAUGGUAUCCCCUAUAAAAGUUUUCGUGAUAAAGAUGUGAUACAUCCAGAGGCUCAACAUUAUAAACACGUUGGCAAUUCUGAAGCAAACUUUAAUUUUCUAAAAGACACAAAAGCGGAGAGAACCGAUGGAAAAGAGAAGGAAGAACACAAUAUAAGAAGCAACGAAAGCGCACACCAGGCUAAAAAAGGUGGAAGCGCAGCCAAGAAGCAAGCACAGGACGAUAAGUUGAUACCAUUAAGGUCAUUUCCCUUCUUUCCUCAACUCUCUCAAAUGGGCUCAAUAUCUUCACAAUCCGCCCAUCCUAAAGACCAACACUCACUUGAAAGUAUCGAAUCCCAACACGGAGAAGCUCCUCAGCCACUCAGAUCUCAGGGAACCAGCAAGGAUUCCUUACAGCAGGAGGAGCCAGCGACCUCCGGAUACGCCGAAGGCAACGCCUCAGCUUCGUCAAGCACAGUGGCCAGGCUGCCACAGGACAUCAUCAACGAGAACGGGCGGGUGGGGCUGCUCUUCUCGUCGAAGGCUCUGGUGCAGCUGUUGGUGAACCCGCUGGUAGGGCCCCUCACGGCUCACGUUGGCUACUCACUCCCACUCAUCGUCGGCACUCAUAACCUCAUCCUGUCGGCCCUCCUCUUUGCCUACGCCCAGAGCUACGCCCUGAUGUUCGUAGCCCGGAGCCUGCAGGGCAUCGCCUCCUCCUGCAUAGCCAUCGCCGGCAUGGGCAUCAUCGCCGAGUGUUACACGGAGGACGGAGAGCGUGGGCGUGUGCAGGGGCUGGUGAUGGGCGGUAUUGCUCUGGGCGUCCUGCUGGGGUACCCGCUAGGCAGCCUCCUCUACGACUUCACCAGCUCGAAGACGCCGCCUUUCCUGGUGGUGGCUGCUUUCACCGCUGUCUUAGCCGUAGUACAGCUGGCAGUGCUCGAUCCCCGACCCACAUCUGAGAGUGUGGUGAUCUCGACGCCUCUGCUGGGCUUGGUGAAGGACCCCUACAUCCUGGUGACCGCUGGGGCCAUCAUGGUGAGCACAACCGCUAUGGCUGUGCUGGAGCCCUGCCUUCCCAUCUGGCUCACGGACACCCUGCACCCUCAGAAGUGGCAGCUGGGCACGGCGUUCAUUCCGGACAGCGUGGGGUACCUGGUGGGUACCAGUUGUACGGCAGGUCCUGCUUUCCGUCUGGGGCGGUGGAGGGCGGCAGUGAUAGCCAUGCUCCUGGUUGGCCUCGCCACUGCUACAGUUCCGGAGGCGAGGUCCAUGUUGGCCCUAGCUGGACCGCAUCUGUGCCUGGGUAUGGGCGUGGGCACGGUAGACGCCGCCCUCAUGCCCCUGCUUGCCGCUAUAGUGGACGCCAGGCAUGUCGCAGCCUAUGGAGCAGUCUAUGCCAUAGCCCAGGCUGCCGUCGCGCUGGCCUACUUCCUAGGGCCUCUGGUGGGAGGAGUAGUGGUCCAGAAGAUUGGCUUCCCGUGGCUGAUGCGCGGGGUGGCCAUCAUCAACCUCUGUUACUGCCCUGUCCUCUUGCUGCUCAGCACCUUCGACCACAACACCACGGAAACACAGGCCAUCUUGAUGGCUGCUCCGAGGCCCAAGGACUACACCCAACACAUCACCACUAGCGUCCAGCCUCGCGAGACCUCACUGAGGUACCAGCAGCUCUUCGACGAAGAGGACGACUAGAUGUGAACGCAAGUGUUAUAGGCUCGUAGAAUUCAACUAUGGUUCUGGUGGCAGAAUCAAACAGUAGGUCUGGUGGCAGAAUCUAACAGUAGGUCUGGUGGCAGAAUCUAACAGUAGGUCUGGUGGCAGAAUCUAACAGUAGGCCUGGUGGCAGAAUCUAACAGUAGGUCUGGUGGCAGAAUCUAACAGUAGGUCUGGGGGCAGAAUCUAACAGUAGGUCUGAGGGCAGAAUCUAACAGUAGGUCUGGUGGCAGAAUCUAACAGUAGGUCUGGGGGCAGAAUCUAACAGUAGGUCUGGGGGCAGAAUCUAACAGUAGGUCUGGUGGCAGAAUCUAACAAUAGGUCUGGUGGCAGAAUCUAACAGUAGGUCUGGUGGCAGAAUCUAACAGUAGGUCUGGUGGCAGAAUCUAACAGUAGGUCUGGUGGCAGAAUCUAACAGUAGGUCUGGUGGCAGAAUCUAACAGUAGGUCUGGUGGCAGAAUCUAACAGUAGGUCUGGUGGCAGAAUCUAAUAUUCUGGUUCCUCUGAAUAUUGCAACAAAUUUUUCCUUAGACAAUUUGUGCUAGGCCAUUGCAUGCCAUGAAGAAGUAAGCUACCAGAUAAAAUAAGAUUUAUAUGUGAAUUGUCUUCUUGAGAUUUUUAAUUCUCACAAAAUUUCUAUUUAUAUUUUUAGUGUGCAAAGCUUCCGUGAGUUUUAAUAUGCACUGUGCCUAGUUUUUCUUUCUAAGAUAAUACAUUUCUUGAUGCAAGAAAGAAAUAGACUAAUAGACUAUAUUACAAAUGCUUCCCCUGCCCUUAGCAUUAGGUGUUCAUAGGAGGACUUGGCAAACUGAAUUAAUGUCUUCCCAAACAUGUUAGAGUUUGUAUAGAUUUUGUCAGGAACAUUUUUGUCGUUAGAUUUUUCGAUCUUUAAUCUUCAUCACUGGUUUGAACCUGGGUAAAUGCUGGUUAGUUGGGUUACUACUGGAUUAGUGUGCAAAUAUUAAUUCUGACUGGGUAAAUACUGGCUUGGAAAAAAGGGUUGUUGAUCUACGGAAUAGGUAAUGGUGUAAAGAGUAUUACUGAAAGUUCAUAGUAAUGUGAUAUUAAUUGUUAAGUUUUCAGUUCUCUCUCCUCUGAAUGUUGUAUUUAUUUUAACUAUGCAGCUUUUGAUUACUUUUCAAAAUGUUUAUCUUUAAGAUAAAAUGUUGAAUACACAAUUUAAAUAAGCUGCUUCACUUGUUAAUCCAGAAUAUAUAAAAUAUUGUGCUAAUAUUUAUCAUCCAAACAUUGAAUGUGUACCUGAGUUUGCUUUUCUAAAUAUGAUAUUUUAUGUAUAAUUCUUUCAACUGCAUUGUCUGUGUUUUGUAGACUGUUGGGUUUGAUUUAAUCAUGCAAGUUUUGCCUGCACAUCAGAGCACAUUUCGUAAAUGAAUUACUAAGCAUGCAAUGUGCUUUACUCAUGAACAUCACAGGCUGAAUGAACGAGCCACGCCACCUUUAUUUAACACUCAGUUAUACAGUUAGCAUGUUUUAUGUAUAUGAGUAUGUAACAAUACCAAUUGUCUAAUUAGCUUCAAAAGAUUGUCACUUGCUUAGCUAAACGAAUUAUGGGGUUCAGUUCCUGAACCCAUUAUGUGCCUCUGUAAUCCUUUCCACCACUCCCCACGGGAUGGGUAUGGGGUGAAUAAUAAAGAAAGAAAGGGGGAAAAAAAGCACUUAAGUGAACUGUCUGGCUCAUCUGUAAUAUAAACGAACAGAACUCUGUCUUUCCGUGUAUAUACACUGAGGUCUACUCAGCGACUGUUCUACUGUACCACAGUGUAAAGUGCUUUAUUACCCAACUCACACCUCGCAUCAAAUACACGAAUAUUAGCGUUGAUUAUGUACAGCUCAGAGCUGCUCAUAAGUUUAAGUGGACAGAGCCACACUCUCUCCUCUUUGCCAUGUUUCAUGGUGUCCUGCUUGACAUCACUGUAUCCGUGAAUACAUGUACACGCCCCCGUAACCCAUAACUUAACCUACUCAUGUGAAAUGGAAGCGACGACUUAGUAAGAGAUAGAAGUCACAUUGUGGCUAAGACGGUUCGCCAAUGGAUAUUAAAAUCUACUGAAUCUAACCUAACCAAACCUAAUCUUACUUAGCCUAACCUAACUGCGUCUAGUAGUAGUAGUAGGACUCUUGCAGUCUCAGGAGACAAUGGAGUUGCUGGUUGUCGAGGCCGGAGUGGCCUCUCCAGGGCGCAAAGCCAAGCUGAGUCUAACCUAAGGUAAUGCACCUUAUAAAAUAUACAGUUUUAGCAAUUCAGAAAAUAAGCUUUGUCGAACCGCCUUUCGUAUGAUUAAAUCAAACCUUGUUUCACCCACGGUAUUGUGACGUUCUCUACUUCCAUAACUUUGAAUUUCUGGGAAAAUGCGUGGUACAUUGUUCCUAGUACUGUAGUUAGUGCUGCUGAAGUGGCAAAUUUAUUUUUUGUAAUCCUCUAUAUGUGACUUGAGUAUAUGACGAAUAGUCUAGCUAUCUUAAACAAAUAGGAUAUUGUGACAUUUUCACAUAAUUCUCAAUUUAGAAAUAUUUUAUACAUGUAUUUAAUUCUACAAUUAAAUGUGUAAGUUAAGGAGGUGAUUUCAUUGACAGAAACGUCAUUAUCAGUAUUCUUCUAUUUGUAGUGUUCUUCUAUUCAUCAUUGUUGAGCAAGUAAAUAUGUGCAAACUU